AUGGUUCAGGAAAUGGCUCAGAUACCUGUUGUAUACGGAGAAUGGGUGGUGAAAGGCUCUUUGUGGGAGUUUGUGGUCAAUAAUCGGAAAGGAGGGAGAAUGUUUCUUGUGCCGGAUGGUUGUACACAUGGUGAACUUCAUGAAAUGGCCCUAGAAGAUUAUGGUCUGGACAAGAAAAUCGAGAAGGUGGAGCUAACAUAUUCCUUACCAGACGUCAUUUUACAGCAAAUGGCUCCGGAUACUCCUCCUAUGCAUGUCACGAGUGAUAGACAAGUGUGGAACUUGAUCGAGUUGGCUAAGACACACUUUGUACGCCUUUGUGUAUCAAGCCAGAGCCAAGUAGAAGCUGGAGUUGAUGAUGAUGCGGAUGUGUCUGAUGGUGAUGAUAGUAAUUUUGCUGAUGAAGAUACUGAUUCAGAGUGGGAUGAAGAUAGUAAUGAUGCUGAUGAUGUUCAAGCAACUGUUGCUGUUGAUGUUGACGAUGGUGUAAACUAUAGUGAUUAUGGGAAAGUGAAAGAUGAGGAUUCUGACGAGGAUGCAAAUGAAAAGCUUUAUGAUGGCUAUAAAGCACAGUUCUCUGGUGGUGAAGGAAGAUCGUUGUCCUUAAAGGACAAUAUAUAUGUCGGUCAGAGUUUUGCUAGUAAGGCUGAGCUUGUUUCAAAGCUGAAGUCGGUGGCUGUCGAAUAUAAAUUUACAUUCUCAGCAUAUAAGACAACAAAAACUCUGUAUGUGGCUAAGUGUCGUGUUCAAGGAUGUGGUUGGAAGCUUAGAGCGAGUUUGAAGCAUGGGCCAAAGACAUUUUUGGUGACAAAAUAUUCGAAAACUCAUACAUGUUCAGUGGCGGAUCGAAUGGCUCAACGGAAACAUUUUACUCCGAAAUAUGUUGCAAGACUAUUUAUAGAACGGGUUGGGAUUAUAGAUGGGCUUACACCGAAGCAUAUCAAAGACGCGAUGAGGAACAUGUUUGGGAUGAAGCUAGAUUACAACACUUCGUAUAGAGCUUUGUUAUCUGCGCAAGAGUUGGUGAGAGGAACAGCAGAAGAUGGAUAUGAGAAUCUGCCUUCUUAUUUGCGUCAGAUCGAGAUAUCGAAUCCGGGAACUGUCACAUGUCUUGUGAAAGAUGGUGAAAACAGAUUUAAGUAUCUAUUCCUAUCUUUUGCAGCUUCGAUAGCUGGUUUUAACUAUCUUAGGAGGGUUAUUGUGGUGGAUGGGACUCAUCUAUGUGGAAAGUAUGAAGGAGUUAUGCUAGUUGCUGCUGCCCAAGAUGGUAAUUUUCAGAUUUUUCCAUUGGCUUUUGCGAUUGUGGAUGCGGAGAAUGAUGAGUCGUGGGAAUGGUUUUUUACCCAAUUGCGGAGACGUGUUUCAGAUCAGUAUGCUUUGGUGAUAGUUUCUGACAUGCACGGUUCCAUUAAGAAGGCGUGUGAGAAGGUUUUCCCUUGGGCAAGGCGAGGAAUAUGCUAUUAUCAUCUACAACAGAACAUAGUCCAAAAGUUCAAGGGAAAGCACAUGUUGUACUUGGUCAAAGGCGCUGCUUAUGCACAUACGCUUUUCGAUUUUAACCGCUACAUGGAUGAGAUACGGAGUAUAAACCCAAACCUUGCAACAUAUUUGGAGAAUGCUGACGUCUCUUUAUGGUCACGAGUUCACUUUCAAGGUGACAGAUACAACAUAAAGACUAGCAACAUCGCAGAAUCCAUCAACUCCGCACUUAAGCCAGCCAAAGGAUUCCCAAUCUCAUUCCUUCUUGAAUUUAUACGCGAGAAGCUAGGAAGGUGGUUCUUUAUAAGGAGAGAAUAUGCUUUGAGUCUCACAUCACAUCAUAGUCGGGGAAUCGAAAACUUGUUGGCUAUUCGUGAAGAGUAUGCAGAUAUGAUGAAUGUGGAGCAUAUUGAUGGUUGGCGAUUUGUUGUGAGAGGAGGACAUCGAGAUUGUGUUGUUGACUUGGAACUUCGGAGGUGUCAAUGUGGUGUGUUUGAUAUUGAGAAGUUACCUUGUUCACAUGCCAUUGCAGCUGCAAAGGAUGCAAAUAUUCAUGUCACUACGCUUGCGGCAAAUAUAUAUCCCAAAAGUGACGUUUUGGAAGCUCCCAACACUGAUGACACAUCACCUGCCAAUGAAGAAGAAGCUCCCAACACUGAUGACACAACACCUGCUAAUGAAGAAGGAGCUGAUAAGGCACGUAAAUGUCUUCCUCCAGAGGUCAAGCGUGGAAGGGGUAGGCAAAAGAAGUCAAGGUGGCAGUCUUGGCUAGAAAUUUCCAGGAUGAGGGGAAACCAACCGCGAAAACUGCACAAGGAUUAUAGUUGCUCCCAGUGCAAACUACCGGGUCACACUCGUCCUAACUGUCCAGGUUAA